AUGGUGAAUCCCGAUCCCAAUCCAAACGUCAGCCUCGAAGAGUUUCCAAUUAGUCGUCGUCGAUAUAAUCGCAGGACAAGACGCUCUGAACCGAUUCCUAUACCCCCAGAAUGGGAGAGGAAAGUGAAAGCUCCGCCUGAAGCACCACCCGGGGCAGAGGAUGAAUGGCCUCGUAGGGACGUGUGGUUAAGUCAGUUCAAGAAUGAUGCCCAAAAUAGGGUAACAUGGAUUCCGCCCCAGUGGCGGAAGGGGAUAUACUAUCCUGGAAGAGAUUGUACCCAGCCCGACGACCCCGACUGGGAGAAGCAGCAACGAGAGGAUGUCGAAAAACAGCAGGAAAGACUCGAUUUUCUUGAGUACGGGGACUUCAUGGAGGAUCUUGAUGUUAGACCACAGCACGAAGAAACCAUACGGAGAACUUUAAAAACUGUCGGCAUAUGGAAGGACAAACGCCUGAAGUCCCAUCCUCCAUCUGAUGGUUUGACUAUAAAGAUGCAAAAUGCUAUCAAGGAGUUUGCUUUGAAGUUGACUCUGUUGCAGCUGGCAAUGCGGAAUCAGCCAAAAAAUGAAAAAGCUGACAGCAAGAAAUGGAUGGCCUUUAACGAGCAGAUAAAGCAGAUCCUGCACGAGUGGUGGGGAAACAAUACUAAAUCGCUCGAGAAAACAACAGACGAGUAUCUGAAGGAAAGAAGCAGAGAAUACCAGGAUGAACGAGCAGAGGAGUACAGAAAAUUUAAAGAGAGUCAGUAG